UGACAUUGCCAAAGUUUGUGUUUCUGGUUGAAAAGAAUAUUCUUGAAGACUGUGAAGCGAUCCAGAUAAUAUCCAUGUCUGUGCUCACAUUUACAAAACGCAUUGCCGUUUUGGCUCCAUCUCUUUCGCCGGUGCAUCAUCAACAGACUACGAAAAUCAGAAGGAGAUUACUGAGCGUAAAAAUGUCAGCAUCACCGCAGCCUCUAACUCACUACCUCACAGUGCCAACUCAGCCAAACCAACCCGUCGAGAUCAUCGCUGCACCUGGGGUUUCCGAUUCCAGUUUCCGGAGUGCAAUUGAUUCCUCGUUGUUUAAACAAUGGCUAAAGAAUUUGCAAUCGGAAACAACUGGGAUUCUAGCUACUUCUUCUUUCUCUUUAAAACGAGUUCUUAUUCAGGGAGUUGAUAUGUUUGGAUAUCGCAUUGGCUUUCUCAAAUUCAAAGCAGAUAUUAUUGAUCAGGAGACGGGGCAAACGGUUCCAGGUAUAGUCUUUGCACGAGGACCGGCUGUGACUGUGCUGAUUCUUCUGGACGCUGAAGGCGAAACUUAUGCUGUUCUUACUGAACAGGUUAGAGUCCCCACCGGGAAGCUUGUUUUGGAAUUACCUGCUGGCAUGCUGGAUGAUGAUAAGAGGGAUUUUGUGGGCACUGCAGUUCGUGAGGUCGAAGAGGAGACUGGUAUUCGCUUAAAUUUAGAAGACAUGAUCGACCUCACUGCAUUCCUGGACCCGACCACUGGAUGCAGAGUUAUUCCUUCUCCUGGAGGGUGUGACGAAGAACUUAGCGUAUUCCUCUAUAGAGGACGUGUUAAUAAAGAAAUUAUUGCAGAACUGCAAGGCAAAGAGACUGGCCUUCGUGAUCAUGGGGAACUUAUUAAGGUUCGUGUGGUUCCCUACAGAAAACUUUGGCAAAUGACUGCUGAUGCUAAGGUUCUAAUGGCCAUUGCACUUUAUGAGAUGGCAAAGAACGAGGGACUAUUGCCUUUAAAACCUUAAUCCGCGUAUAGCUGCUAGGUUGGUUUUGUUUAUCUAAUUUUAGUAGUUAAGGUUUUAUAGCCCGGGUUCAUCCAAGUUACCAAGGGGCCAUUUUUGCCUGUGAUUUGAUGAUCGACUGCUAAAGUAUCAAUUUCUGAAUGGAUUAUAUUAUUACUAUUAUUAUUACAUUUUGUCGAA